CUCACACAAUGACCCAUGAGUCGACUCGACUCGAGUCAUCAUGACCGUGAGUUGUAGUGUGACCCACCCAUCCCUUACCUAAUGAAUGCGCGUUGGUCCGAAAGGCGAUAAGAAGCAGCAGCCCUCAAGACUAGCCUCUGAACUCCGUGCCUUUCCACUUGUGACUACGAAUUUAGCUUCCCUUGGACGUCUACCCAACAACCCUAGUCGCGAUCCACGGUUCACAACAGCGAGACCCACUCAACCGAAUCGUGACUAGGAGCUGUUUGUGCCAAUGGAGGCCUCCGUAACGCCAUUGUGGAAGGCGCAACCGCGUACACACGCGGCCGCCAUAUCCACCGCUUCCACCGCCGCCUCCUCUCUUGCGGCUUCAGCUUACGUGUCGCCAGCUGUUCCAAAGGCGCACCACCACAGCCACAGCCAACGACGCGCCGCCGGCUUUCUCUGCCACCGCUCGCGGAUCGUUUUUAUGCGCGCGCCUUUCACGCGGACACACAGGCGGAAUGUACCGGGCGUGCUGGUGCCAUCGGAAUCCGGGAGGCGCGGCCGCGGAGACGGCUUUAAGUGCGACGUGUUAGUGCCUGGAUGCCCUUCCCCCGGCGAGCUGAGCGAAGGGGAGGGGGAGAGCCCGCGCGGUCCGGACGGGCUUCGGUGGAGGCGCGGUCAGAGGGGCUCGGCGCGCAGUGAAAAUUUCGCUUCCGGGCAGCUAGCGGAAGAAAAUGUUGAGGGUUGGAAGUCGCUUGCGGCGAAUGGCGAUUCUGCGGGCUCUGGAGACGAGGGUUCGAAUCCCCACGAGUUCACAUUUUCAGCGGAGAAUAGUGUGAUGGUGGACCAAGUGCGAAUGCUGCAGCACAUCCAUUCGUGUGCGCAUGCGGAAAAUGAGCUGGCGGGAGGAGAGGCGGGGGGAAUCAUGCGCGCGACCGCGGGGGGGAUGAAGCCGCGCGUGCUGAAAGCGAGCACGCCGAUUCGCGAUAUUUAUAAGUCGGAAGGCCCUAUCGACGAGGAUGUGGUGUGCAUGCAGGCGGACUGGCCGCUGACGUGGACGCACAUCACACUGGCAGCUGGCGUGUCGGUGGGGUCCGGGAUAUCCGGGCCCGAGGACGUGACGAUGCUGGCGCAGGCGACAACUGCCACCGCCAUUCUGUGCUUGCAGGGCGAGGAGUCGAUGGAGUCGUUUGGCGUCGACUGGAAGGCCGUUCAGCAGCGGGCGGAGCAGUGCGACGUCGCCAUGUUCCGCGUUCCCGUGCCGGAAUUCGACCAGCAGAAGCAGGUUGCUGGGAUGGUGGAAGCGGUGCGCCUCCUGGCGUCGCUCCUAGUGACGGGUCACCGGGUCCACGUGGCAUGUGCGACUGGGAAGAACUGCAGCCCGCUCGUUGUGCUCGGCUACCUGACGUUCUUCCAGGGCCUGGCGUGGAGCGAGGCCAAGGCCAUCAUUGCUGACAGCGUGGUGUCCGCUGAUCCUUCGCAAGAGGCGUGGGAGCAGGCCCGCCUGAUUCUCUCAGCAGCGGACGGCGUGGGCGCGCACCGCAUGACGGAGCUGGCUGAGGAGCAGUACCAGCGGCGCAUCGAGGACGGCGCGGCGGCGGAUGGCGGGCAGGCGGCGAGGGACGACUGGGAGGCGGCGCAGAGGCAGCUGAUCACUGAAACGCUGCAGCACCGGGUGUCCGCUGAUGUGACCAUCUCCCAGUCUCUUUCCAAGGCUGCAUCUCGCCAGGCGUCAUCUCCCAAGCCGAAAGAGGUUCAGAGCUUCAGUCCCGUUGUCCCACAGAUAGAGCCUUCCCUGGAUGCACCCUUCCAGCAGCAGCCCCACAUUCUGGACUCUGUCUAUUCCUUCGUCAACGACCACCACGCACACGCAUGGCCCCUCGCCGCUCCCCCACCGGCCGACGCUCCUGCCGACGCGUCUCCUCCCAUUGCUUCUGCUCUUUCUGCCUCUGGGGAGGUGAUUCCGGGGGAGGUGUCAUCUGGUGUGGAGGAGCGCAUAGCGUCGCUGGAGCAGAAGCAUCUGGCGGCCAUGGCUGCUGCUAGAUCCGCCACAGAGCAGGUGCGUUUCUUCAUGCACCAUGUGAGCGAGCUGAGGGAGAGCGAGACAGCAGCGCGCAUGGAGGCAGCAGCGGCGCACGAGCGCAUCGCAGCACUCACCGCGCAAGUCGAGUCCCUCAACCUCUUUCAACUGCAGCAGCAGCAGGAGCAGCAGGAGAAGGAACAGCAGGCUUCCAUAGCCUUGGGUGUGGAUUCAGCAGCAGCAGCAGCCGCAGCAGCGGCGGCGUCAGCAGAAGCAACCGCAGCAGCAGUUGCUGCGGUGACAGCAGAGGCCGAGGCAGCUGUAGCAGCGGCAGCGGAGCGCGAGUCAGCUCUCAACUCCCAACUCAACCAAGUUUCCCGCGAGCUUUCCCUCAUUCAGGAGCGAGAGAGGGAGCUGCUAUCCGCCCACGAAGCAGCAGAGGCGAAGGCACAGGCAGCGGAGGAACGAGCGGCGGACUUAGCUAACAGAAUCGCUCAGAUGGAGGAGAUGGAGGCAGCUGCUAAGGAAGCAGCAGCGGUGGCUUUGGAGCGAAUGCAGACCCUAGCCGACCAGGUGAAGGAACUUUCUGUGAAGGAGCGCGUGGUUACCGCGCGGAUGGGCGAGAUGGAAGGCCGGCUGGAGGAAGCUUCCGAGAAGGCCACGCUGGACCACGACCGGAUGGUGAAGCUGGAAGACCGGGCGGAGCGGGCGGAGAAAGAAGCGAGGAAGGCGCAGGAGGCUCUGGGAGCGGCGAACGAGCGGGUCAAGUUCUUCUUCCGGGUGAUGCGGGGGCUGAGGGACCGGGAGCGGGCAGCAAAAGAAGCCAUGCAUGCUGCCACCGACAGGCUCGAGGCCGCGGUUACCGAAGCGGAGAAUCUCCGUAGGAAGGAUGAGCUGAUGACGGAGGCGUGGGCGGUGGCUAGCGAGCGCAUCGAGCUGCUGACCCGGCAGGUGCAGCAGGUAGAGGGGCUGAAAAUGGAGGUUAAGAGAGAGGCUGUAGAUGCAGCAAAGGACUUUCUGCAUGCUACUGAUGACUCCCAGCUGAUGAUUGCUAGAGAGCAGCUGGGGGUGGCAGAGGAGAGGGAGAGGAUGCUGCAGGCGCAGCUGGACGGGCUGGCUGCUGAGCUAGCGGCGGCCCGGGGUGACCUGGCAGAGAAGGACACCAGGCUGGCGGCGGUGGCUGCUGAGGUGGAGGAGAGGGAGAGGGUGGUGGAGGAGAGUAGGGCGACGGUGGAGGUUGCUGAAAAGAGGAUUAAAGAGUUAGAGGAACAGGUGGGGGAGGCGGAGGAGAGGGAGAGGAAAGCGAAGAAGGAAGCAGAGGAAGCGGAGGCGAAACUCGCGGUUGCUCUGGCUGCUGCAGAGGAGAAAGAACGCUCCUCCUCCUCCUCCUCCCUCCUGGCCUCGCUUCACCCAGAAGGUGUUGGGGCUGAAAAUAGGCAGAUUCUUUCAGCUCCUGCUGCUGCUGCUGUUGCGACCAGCACGGCUGCAGCAGCUGCUGGCAGCAGUGCAGCGGACCAGCUGAUCGCGCGGCUGCAGUCCCAAGUGGCGUCCAUGUCAAGUGAGCUGGAGGGGGCUCGGUUCGCUGCUGCUGCUGCUGCUGAGCGGAGCGCGUUCCUCAUGCGGCAAGUGGCUCGCCUCAAAGAGAGUGCAGCGGCCGAUGCAGUGGCAAGGUCGCAGGCAGCACCUUCAGCCGCAGGAGGAGGAGGGGCGGGUACGAAGCACAAGGUUGCCGCUUUAGAAGUGGAGAUUCGAGCGCUGGAGAAGCGCGAGUGGGCAGCCCGGGCAGAAGCCGAGGCCGAGAAGGCCCGGGUGCGGGAGCUCGAGGCGCAGGUCGGGCAGCUGGAAAAUAAAGAGCGGGCAGCCCGGGAGAAACUUCAGUCGUCACAGGACCGGGUGGGAUUCUUCCUGCGGCAGGCUGUGCAGCUGAGGGAAAGGGAGGGCGCGAGUAAGAGCGCGCUAAAAGAGACUUUUAGGAAAGUGGAGGGGCUUUCGCACCAAGUGGGGCUGCUGCAGGGGGAGCUGGCGCGAGCAAGCAGCGAGUCUGGGAAGUCCACGGAUGCCGUGCAGAGGCUGCAGCUGCUGGCGAUGGAGCUGAAAGAAAGGAUUCACGAGACGUCCAAAGCAGCCAGCAGCAUUAGGAAGGAAAGCACCAGGAAGGACCCGGUGGCUGAGCAGAAGAUCAACGGCGUUGUAAGGAACAGCGCUCUCAGGGCUCCCGAACUCGGCGCUUCUAACGGUGCUGCUAGUAACGGGGCUGCUGCCUCAAAAGACGUGAAAGGGGAGAAGGAGAAGAAGAAAGGCAACAACAAUGAUGAUGAUGAUUUCUUUGGAGGGUCUGGCACUGGAGGAGGAGGGGGGGGAGGAGGGAAGAGUGGAAUAGCAGGGCAAGGAAAGGCGAGCAGCACUGGCUCCCGUGCAGCUUCACCCUCCUUUGGUUCCCUGAAAGCAAUUCAAGACCCAACACUCCCCAACAGCACCACCUUCUCCUCCUUCCAGCACGCAGCAGCAGCGGUCACAAUAGCAGCAGCCGCAGCAGCAGCAGCGGCAGCAGGAACAGCAGCUGCAGGAGCAGAGUACUCAGUAGAACUCUCCGACACAGCAACGCUGGUGGCCAUGGUAACCACGCUCCAGUCCCAGGCCUCCACUCUCCGCGCCUCCCGCCAAACCGCCCUCGCCUCCGUGGCAGCCUCCCAUUGGCCAUUCCACUCCCGUCAGCUGCCCGUUUCUGCUGUCCCGAGUGCAGCUCUAGCCAUUGGCAAGUGGGGAGGGAAAGCGAAAGUAGAGUGGGGAGAAGGAGAAGCAGGGCGGUGGGGGUCACAGGGUGCAGCAGAGUCAUUAUAUGCCGAGGACCCCUCUCCGUCCUCCCCCACCUCCCCACUGCACUCUCUUCAAAAGGCCCUCACAAGUCUCGCUCUCCCCAUCCCCUUUCAUCUUCUGGGCAUCAACCGCCGGCGCCUCACAGAGCCUGCACCCUAUAUCGCCAGUGCAGACCAAAGGCAAGGGGCCGAGCUGGGAUGGGUGGCUGCAGCAGUGCUGGUGCUGCUGCCUCUGCUGCUGCUGGGGCCUUCCGAUGCCUUGGGAUUGUGAGGGCUGACUUAGGUGGUUUCCAUUAGACCUUGGGGUGGCUUUUAUGUAGCUCUUUGUUGUCGCCUGCCACUUCUACUGCUCUAGCUUCACUUUUCCCAGGCUUGGGUGUUUUUUCCAAGGCUACUUGGAACCUUGUGUGUUUCCCCAAGGCUACUGGAAGCCUUGGGUGUAGGUAGUGUGAUGGCUUCUCAGCCGUAGACUUUGUUUGGAUUGCCUUUAUUGGGCUCUCUACUGUACGUGUGGAACCGUUCUUUGUUGUGUUUCUUGUUCUAAACCCUUGUAAUUUAGGGUUUGAGUA